GAUAGGCUUUAAGUGAAAGAAACGUUUAGAAUCUUUGGAUGACACAUCAUUUUUCAGCUUUCUUGAGGAGUGGUUCGUAAAUUUCUGUGCAAUAAACUUCUUUUGAAGGUAUGCCACCUGGCAUUCACCAGUGUCCUGGGACUAUAUAUUGAGGUCCGUUCAGCACCUAGUUCACUUCACACGCCAGCUUAUCAUCAUGGAGUACAAACUGCUCAUCUCAGUUGUCGUCCUCCUACUGCAGAUCUCCUUCGGGGCCUGUGGAAUUCUGUCUGCCUCUGACAAUAGCGUUGAAAGAGCCAUAGAUAUUCCAGAACCUGGCUAUACUUUCUGUCGUGGGAAGUACAAUGGCUAUUAUACCAAUCCCACAAGCAACAUCAAUUACAUUAACUGUGUUGGCGGAUUGGUGUAUGUGGUGCCCUGCCCUCAUGGCCAGAUCUAUAACAGUGCUUUGAAGACCUGCGUGACUGGUGGCAGCAACCCCAGUCCCAGCUUCUGCACAGGAAAACGUGAUGGGAACUACGCUAACCCUAAAAAUCGUCACAGCUACGUUGCCUGCUCAGGCGGAUUACUUUAUAUUAUGCCAUGUCCCGAUGAUCUGGUCUACAAUGCUGCACAGGACAGAUGUGACUGGGAUUCCAAUGGUGGUCUCACCACUCUAAAGCCCAAUUUCUGCACUGGCAAGCCUGACGGGAAGUACCCUCAUCCCAGCGACCCCAACAAAUACAUUGAAUGUGGAGGAGGAUCUGCCACUGAGCAUACCUGCCCUGCCGGUUACAAAUUCAAUCCUGUAACAAAACAAUGUGAACUCUCUGGCUGCGGCUGUAAUCCUUUCCCAAAUUUUUGCACUGGCAAGCCCAAUGGGAACUACCCAAUCCCAAAUGACCCUGACAGCUACAUCAACUGCCAAAAUGGAAACCCCACUCUGAUGCACUGUCCCGCUGGACACAUCUUUAAUGCAGCUAGCGGCCGAUGUGAGAUACCAGGCUGCACCUGUAACCCAUCCCCCAACUUCUGCACAGGCAAACCCAAUGGAAACUACGCCAAUCCCAACAACCCCCACACCUACAUCGCCUGCUGCAAUGGCAUUCCUGUCGAGAUGAGGUGUCCUGCUGGACUCAUCUACAAUGCAGCUAAGGAUCAGUGUGACUGGCCAGGUUCAUGCCUUCCAAACCCGGGUCCCAAUUUCUGCACCGGCAAACCAAAUGGGAACUACGUCAACCCUAACAAUCCCAACAGCUACAUUUCUUGCUCUAAUGGACUGAUCUACAUCAUGCAGUGUCCUGCCGGUCUUGUCUAUAACCCUGAUAAGAAUUGGUGUGACUGGCCUUCCAGUGGCAACAACCCUGGCACAGGAACACCCAACCCUGGACAAGGCUUCUGCAAUGGCAAACCAAAUGGCAAUUAUGCCAAUCCCAAUGAUCCUCACAGCUACAUUGCCUGCUCCAAUGGAUACACAUAUGUAAUGCCUUGUCCUUCUGGGCUGGUUUACAAUGCUUCCAAAGACUGGUGUGACUGGCCUCCGAAUUCAGGGUCUGGAGGAAAGCCUGAUGACAAUCAGCCAGGCUGUCAAGUCCCCCUGACAUUCUGCAGAAAUAAAAUCGGUGGCAACUAUGUCAAUCCCAACAGUCCAUAUUCCUUCAUCAUGUGUUCUAACCAUCUGACGUACAUCAUGAAAUGCCCUGCAGGUCUUGUUUACAAUGAUGCCAUUAAAGUGUGUGACUUUCCUACUGCCUCCCUUUAAGGUCAUAUUUUCCAGACUGAUGUGUUUUUCAAGAUGGACGUUUCUACUAUUAAUGGUCAAUUCACUGUAUAAGCAUUUUAAACCAAAAACCCACUUUGGAAUGCUGGUAGUUUUAAUGCCGUGCUAUUUGUGAAAUUAAAAAGAAUGUACAUGAUUAUGAAAGUUUUUGAGUUUUCAGGUGCAAUAUGACAAUUAGAAUUUUUUUUUUCUGACCCUGUGUUUUUAUUCCUCUUGUACCAACUAUAAUUCAAAUAUGCAACUCAAACUAUCCAUUUUUGUAUUAGCCACAUGUUUAUGAUCUGCUUGGAUAUCAUUAAAACUUUAUUAAAAAUA